AUGAAUUCCAUGUUCAUCUCUGCAAUUGAGAGUGCUAUCGAUUACAAUAAUUGCUUUCAGAGAAUGUGUCCAUACAAAUGUGUGUUGAUCUUUUAUAUUUACGUCCGCACAGUGAACGUGGUGACAAUCGUCAUCCUGUCUCGGGGAAAGUGCGGUCUCUCCGAAGGCGUCACAAGGUACCUGGUUGCCAUGGUAGCAGCGGAUCAGCUCGUCGUUCUCUUCGACCUGGUAUUGAGCAAGAUUCCGGUGACUUACUGGCCAAUAGAGUUUGUCAACUGGUCAGGUCGUGUUCGCGUGUGUAAUAUCCACGCCGUCCUGUUCUACGCCGCCACGGACUGUUCUGUCUGGUUCACCGUCACCUUCACCUUUGAUCGGUUUGUCGCCAUUUGUUUUCAGGAGCUGAAACGAAGAUUCUGCACCGGGCGAGCGGCGGCUCUGGUUCUGGGGACAGUGACUGUGCUAAUCUGCUUAAAGAACAUAUGCUGGUACUUUAUGCUGGAUGAGUUAUUUUCAUCACUAAAUAGGUCCUUGAUCUGCCUGACUAGUGACCGUCUAUUUUCCCAUUCUCAGCUGGCAACAUUUCUACUGAUUCAUUUCCUCCUCACCCCAAUAUUCCCCUUUGUCCUGAUACUCCUGCUCAAUAGUUUAACCAUCAGACACGUCUUCGUAGCCAGCCGAGCCCGGAGGAGACUCCGUGGUUCGCGGGUUGGCGAAACGGCCGCCGACCCGGAGAUGAAGAAUCGCAGGAAAUCCCUUCUGUUACUGCUGGUUAUGUCGGGGAAUUUCAUCCUGCUGUGGGCGCUGCUGACGGUGUGUUCCGUAUGGGAGAGCCUGAUUUUUUACAUUUACUCGAUUCCCCCGGAGUCUCUGCGGGAGCUGGGCUACAUGCUGCAGCUCCUCAGCUGCUGCACCAACACGGCCCUUUACGCCGUGGUCCAGGCCAGGUUCAGGGAGCAGCUGAAGGAGACGGUGAAAUCGCCCUUACGUCUCAUGGCAAAGUGCACUCGCCGUUGUCAGGAUUGCAUUAAUGCUCGGUGA